AAUUAGUGAUGUAAAAGUAGUGAUGUCGCUAGUGAGCAAGAGGGAGGCGAUAGGGUAAAUUGAUCGAUGCAGUUGCUCCUCAACAACUAGGGUGACUCGCACUUUGGAAACACAUUUUCAAUCGGGAUGGAGAACACUGUAAUCACCAUACCUGAUGAUUCUCCAGAAGCACCAGUGAGAUAUCAAGGAGAAGAGUACCGUAAUUACCUUAGUGGUAGAAGCAGAAGAGCAGUCCUCGAAACUGGGGAAGACCGUGAAAGUUGUGAUACGCUAACUCGCUCGGGAGGCACUUCUUGCUUAAGGAGGAGACCAGCGGUUGACAAGGAUAAAGGGAUAUCCAUCUCCGCUGCUGAUCCAUGCGGGGCUCGUCGUGCAGAGGUUUAUAAUCUAAAUCAACUCAAUGGACAUGGACAUGCUCAUGUUGCUGCAUCUCAAGACAUAAAUAGUAGUAAUAAGGGUAAAGAAAAAGCAGAAGAUUGUGGCUCUGUUUCUAAUAGAGAAACAAUUGACCUCUCCACUGACAGACAACAAAACAGAGGCACUAAGAGGAGAUUGGUUAGACAAGCUGCUGAUGUGCAUGAAACCGCCGGUGUGGUUGAAAGAGAUACAAGACAACAACGACGGCGGAGAAAUGGAUUUACUACUACUUCUUCAAGGGCUUCAAAUGAGCCACAAGUUUCAUCUCCUGGGGAACCAUUUAAUAAUUCAAGGCCACCACGAAUUCAGAACCAUCAAAGACGCAACAACACUCAACAAGUCUUGGAAAUUCAAGAUUCAUCCCCUCAAGUACGGGCCUUCCGGGGUUCUACACAUAUUCAAAACGGUGUAUCUGAUGUGAAUGUAAGACAAAUAGAAGCAGAUGAGGUUUUGGCCCGUGAAUUGCAAGAACAGCUGUACCAAGAAGAGAGGUUGAUCAGACAUGAGCAGGAACAGAUGGAUUUAAACUUAGCCAGGUUGUUGGAACUAGUAGAGAAUUCUCUCCCUGCUUCUUCUAGUCCUUCUAGGUUGGAACUAGUAGAGAAUUCUCUCCGUGCUUCUUCUACUCGCAAUACCCCAAACUCUAGUACCAUUGCAGCAAACCCUGGUGGGAGAAGUUGCCUGGAAGCACGACUACAACAACAUUCUUCAAGGAGGCGAUUGAAUCCUCCACAGGCUCGUCCUCCUGUUAGAUCACCACCACGGGGUCGAGGUCAUCGUUUAGGUCUUGCACCUGAUCUUUUAGACAGAGCUAUGAGUUUAGGUCUUGCACCUGAUCUUUUAGACAGAGCUAUCAAUCUCAGUUUUCCAGAUGAUUCGAGCUUUUACGCGAGAUUGGAUUUUUUGGAGGGAAUAGAGAAUGCUAUUGAACACACCAUUAACAGUAGGAAUCUUCUUCAUAUGGAUCGUGACUUUAACGAAGCUCUUGAUGAAAACAACCAUCAUCGACAUGGCGGCGCUUCUACUCAACGCAUUAAUGACUUACCAGAGUCUACAGUUCAGACUGAUAAGUUCGAAGAAACUUGUGUUAUUUGUCUGGAAACACCGACGAUCGGAGAGACCAUACGCCAUCUCCUCUGUUUGCACAAAUUCCAUAAAGAUUGUAUUGAUCCGUGGCUAGGACGGAGUAAAGCAUGUCCGCUUUGCAAAUCCUCAGUUACUUGACAAGGUUUUCAAAACUCACCGGAGAAUGUAACAAAUUUACCGUUCCAAACCGGUGGAUCUCACAUUCUUCGCCAUCGAAUUUGAUGAACUCAUGAAACGGUUUUUUUGCACUACCGAGGAAGUAAUUUUGUAUCGCUGUGAAUAUUUUGUCGGGUUUAAAUGUUGGAAAAAAGAUGGCUAGCUACACGAAGUAUUGGUGAAUGCAUGGUUACACAUGCCAAGUAUACUAUUGUAUAUUCAACUACACAGAGUAUAUGUAUUACAUGACCA